AUGGAAAACGGCAACGAAAUUAUCGAACUUAGCGUCAAACAGGGGCAGCCCACAUUAGUUCCCCCGGCUGAUGAAACUAAGAAUGGCCUCUACUUCCUAUCGAAUCUCGACCAGAACAUAGCCGUAAUUGUUCGCACGAUUUACUGCUUCAAAUCGGGAGACAAAGGGAACGAGGAUGCGUUUGGAGUAAUUAAGGAUGCCCUGUCUAAGGUUCUUGUCCUUUACUACCCUUUGGCUGGCCGACUCAAGAUAAGCCCCGAAAUGAAGCUCAUAGUCGACUGCACGGGUGAAGGCGCCGUUUUUGUCGAGGCUGAAGCCGAGUGCGAACUUAAAGAGUUGGGGGAUAUUACGAAGCCCGAUCCCGAGAGGCUCGGGAAGCUUGUUUACGAUGUGCCGAGCGCCAAGAAUGUUCUCGAAAUUCCGCCUCUGGCGGCUCAAGUGAGUUGGAUAAGAUUAUUUUAG